AUGUUGUCUAAGGUUGUCAUUUUCUUGGCUGUUGUUGCUGUGGCUGUAGCGCAAUACGGCUACGAUCAUGGCUCAGCUUACUCGUCUCAACACAUCUCACGUCACGACGGACACCCUGAGAUUGUGAACGUGCACGGCCAUCACACUGACUACUAUACUCAUCCUAAGUAUGCGUUCGAGUACAAAGUAGAGGAUCAUCACACCGGCGACAUGAAGUCUCAACACGAGAGUCGCGACGGUGAUGUAGUGAAGGGUGUGUACUCGCUGCAUCAACCAGACGGCUCCGAGAGGACUGUGCACUAUCAUGGUGACCACCAUACCGGAUUCCAUGCUGACGUAAAAUACGACACACAUCACAUUAUCCUAUACUUAACUGCCGUAGUCGGUAUUGCGGUAGCACAAUUUGAAUAUGACAACGGACAUGGCGUAGCGUUUUCAUCAAGUCAUAUCUCUCGGCACGAUGGACAUGCAGAUAUUGUCGGACAUGGUCAUCACAUUGACUACCACACCCAUCCUAAGUAUACAUUCGAUUACAAAGUGAAGGAUCACCACACGGGUGACAUGAAGACUCAACACGAGAGUCGCGAUGGUGAUGUAGUGAAGGGCGUGUACUCGCUGCACCAACCAGACGGCUCCGAGAGGACUGUGCACUACCACGGUGAUCAUCACACUGGUUUCCAUGCAGAUGUGAAAUACGAGACUCACCACAUAGUCCCGAAACAUUAUUGAGAGCAAAUAUUAUAUUAAUAAAGUUUACAUAAU